GUCGCGACGUCCUCGUUCAACGCGCAGUGCUACGAGACCGCGCGCACUUCGCGAUCGAACAAACGAUCCUGUCUCCGCAGGAAGGAAUCAUCAGCGUCGCAUUUCGCAUCCGCAUCGCAUUGCAUCGCAUCGCAUCGAUCUCUGGAUCGAGAUAUAGAAGUCACGUGAUUCGUUCACGUUCGAUUAAACGAUCGUUUAGUUUCGGCGAACGACGCGGUAUUCGAAGAGGUCUGAGAGAACCAUCAGGUGUUCCGCGUGAAGACCUGAAAUCCUUAAAUUGUCUCGGAAUCCUUGAGGAUCGUCAGAGAAGCCCCGAGAUAAGUCGAGAGUUCGCGAACACUGUGAAGAAACUCGAGAGGAGCAUCUGAGAUAUCUCGCUGAAGUUAAAGGCAAUUUUGCGAGAAGAGACUCGCAGAUUUCUAAAGAAGAGAUGGCAAGUUGGUCGGCAAAAAGGAUGGGAGAAGUCGCGAAUUUUUAAGAAAGCAAAUGCCGCAAAAAUUCCAAGCCGCGUGAAGAAAAGUGUUUGGGACGUUUCAGAAGAGUCACCGCGGAAUUCGCGCAGAAGUCUCUCCCGAGAGCCUUCGAGGACAUCUCGUAAAACAAAAGAUCAAACAUCGCACGGCACGAAUUUCAAAUUUAUAAGUUUCCAGUUCGGCAAAGAAGAAACUUGUAUACAACGACUAUGAGACGACUUUUACAUCGUGCCAAGUUUUUGUCACGUGGCCGUUGAAUUUGACUUUGAGAAUUUACAUAGUAAGCGUUGUAUUUUACAAUAUCGAAGUAAAACAAGCUUGGCGUUUGUGCUGUUCAAUCUUUUUUUACGUCCCGCGGUAUUUUAAUGAAAUUUUAAGAACAAUCUUCCGCCCGGAUCAAUUUAAACUUCGUCAGAAGGUACGCCACUAAAAUAUUAACGUUGGUGUCCAGCACGCUUUUGCGACUUCUCCGCCAAGAACAACUUUUUUGCGGUGUCUUCGACGUGAAUUUUCAGAGCUCUGACGAGUGUUUUAUACAGAAUCCUGCUCGUUCGAGUCGCUGCCGGCGAAUAUUUUCGCUACGAUUCUAAAGUAAAAAGACUCGACGUUUAAAAGGCGCUUCGGGGUUAUAUCCUGCCUCGUCAUGAUUCAGAAGAGUCCUGUUUGAAUAGUCCUGAAUACAGUAAGAGCGACAUAAGUGGAAUUAUCGAAGACCAAUAGGACCUUGAAGUUGAUCGAUCUACGCUUGAUAUUUUUGAAGAAUCGGAGAAUUCAAUUCAGCGACACUCGACUUCGGGGGACAGAAGGUAGAUGGAUCUAUUCUGAUAUCUGACGGGAUUGUUCUCUCCACUUCAGCAGUUUCGGAGCGAAACUCUUACGGCUGAGGGAUCGAUUUCACCGAAUUGAGUGCGUGGAUUGUGCAUGUCCGAAGUCGGCCCGCGAUUCGAUAACGGCGAUGAAGAUGAGCAAAGUGGGCAACCAGACCAAUUCACAGGACCCACAGGCUGUGAAUUCACGCGUUUUCGUCGGGAACCUGAAUACAUUUCAAUGCAGCAAAACCGAUGUAGAACGAAUGUUUCAGCGCUAUGGUCGUCUGGCCGGUAUUUCGAUGCACAAGGGUUACGCAUUUGUGCAGUUUACAAACCCAUUUGACGCACGCAGCGCUUGUCUCGGUGAAGAUGGCCGCACCGUGCUUAGCCAGAUUCUCGAUGUAAACAUGGUGGCGGAGCCGAAGCCUCAUCAGACCGGACGCAAGCGACAGAAUGUCACCAAGACUGGCAACGACUGGGACUACUACUAUGACAGUUACUACUCGUCUGCAUUUCCACCGCGCUUGGCACCGCCGUUGAAACGGCCGCGGUUGAUGCCACCGACACGAGCGCAGCAUCCGAAGCUACAGAAACAACAAUCGACGGCAAACACCGGCACAAUACCCGACUUGAAUCAGCUUAAAGUGUACAGCAAUCCAGAUAUACUGAUCUGCGGCAACUGCAGGGAGAUGUUCACGGAACUCGGGGAGCUGUUGGAGCACAAGCGGAACUACUGCAAGCUGCGGUUCACAUGUAAAUGUCACACCUUCAACGGAGCCGCCCCAAGAGACUCAACGACGGCGUUGCUCUGCGUCCUCUGCAAAUUGUCUUUUCCAAGUGCUUGGGAGCUGAUGGUCCAUGCUCAGGCGGCUCACAUGAUCAACAUUUACGAGCUGGGCACAAGGGCGCCGAGCCCGUCGCGGAGUCCCAGUCUUGACCAGCCGAAGGAGUCGUCGCCCUCUCCGCAGGAUUUUCAGGAAAUCAAGGCUACGGAUUGCGAAGAGCGCGCGGAGGAGGAGGAGCUUGAUGGACACGAGUUAAUACCGUCCCCCGACAGUGGCAAGUCAACGGACAACGAAGCGGCUCUGUCGCCGAUCAAGAUUCGAUCUGACGUUAACGGCUUGGAUCACGAGGAGUGUGACGAAUUGAUCGACGUUGAGAACACCACGCAGGCGUGCAUCAUGCAUACUCUUAGCAUUGACUCGUCCUUGGAACUGAAUUCUGACGCGAGCUCGAGGACAAAUUCUGGAGCCGUGAUGGCCUUGACCAACGGCUCAUUAUCGGCAAAGGAAUAAACGAGAGAGAAGAGAAACCAAUUAAAAGAAGAAAUAAAAAUGAAUAUCCAUCGGAACGGUCUUCCCCGGCCAACCAACGAGACAUAUCGAUCUCCUUUAAGGAUAACGCACCCGUUUGUAUAUAGCUUAAUUGCCUAACAAAUUAUUCCGGAUCGCUAGAUCCCGUGGUCUAUGCCGGCUGAUCGAAUAUAUAUUAUUGAUUAUUUUUCCUCGAAAAAAGACAAAAAUGUCGAUUUUGUUCUGUCUAAUUUACGUGCAUUUGCAGUAUUUGCUCCGCAAUUUAAUUAAGAAAUCAAAUCGAGAUGAUAGCAAAGCGUUGAAAAAAAAAAAAGAUAGAUAAAAUCAAGUUUAAUCUCUCGUAUAUAAGAAUAAUUUUGCAUCCGUAAAUAUAUAAAUUUAUUACAUCAAUUCUUUUGACGAUAAGAUGAAACUGUCCGGAUAGGUUUCGAGUUUUCUUAAGUUAAUCGAUUAUUCUGGCGCUGUUUCAAUUUCAGAAAGAAUCUCGAAAUUUUCUCAGUUCACACAUUUGAAAGAACUUUACAAUAUUGUGUUCAUAUACACUCGUUGAAUUUUAUUAGUAAAAGAACUCGUUGAAUUAUUAGAAAUUUAACUUUUGUGACUUCACACGCUGUUUUAGAUUCUUAACCAUUGUUUGUCUAGCUUUCAAAUGUUUAGAAUACACUGACAGCGAGAUUUUUAAAUCUACCUAAAUGUGUGUAUGUAAGUAUAUAUAUAUACAUAUAUAUAUAUAUAUAAAAAUCGUGGAUAACUGAAAUACUUUUCUAUUCAAAAGAUUAUACACGAUAAGUUUAUUAUUAUUCGCUUACACACAAAAAUCAAGUGUUUUGUGUCAUUUUGAUGGCAAAAUGUUAAAAUUAAGAUUUCUGAGCGAGAAGUUAGCAAGAAAAAAUAAAAAAACAAACUUUUAUCGAUGAAUUUAAUGAAUCUGAAACUCUUGGGAAUUAUUUAUUUAUACACAAGUUAUACAAUAUCUUAUUAUCUUCCUCGACAAUUAGUUCACAACAUUAUACACGUAAAUAAACCGAUGCGAUAAGUAAAUAAUUCCUAGAUAUUGAUGAAAAAUCAUUUGUUCAGAGAAAAACAAGAAACGGUCUUGUAUACAUCUUCCUUUCGUAGCGGUCGCACGUGCGUGUGUAGAUUAAAUAUAGAUCGUCACUUUAAUUAUUUGUGAAAACGAAACAUAUCUUCCGCGAUUACACAAUAGCAUCGAUGGCGAACUAUUCAUUAAAUGUACCGCGAUACAGAAAUUUGAAAACUUUAAGACACAAAUUUAAUUUUUUUGUCUCUUUCUCUCUCUCUCUCUCUCUCUCUCUCUCUCUCUCUCUCU